AUGGACGCCGAAGACGUCGCAGCAAUCCAGGUCUCCACGCCGCACUCCUACCGCCACCGCGGUCGGAGACCGCCUCCACAACAAGACGCCGAGUCGCACCAUCCCGGCCGGAGCCAGAAAUCACUGCAGCAACCACAACACAACCGGCAACGUCGUCGUGGGGAUCAUCUCCACCUGCCCUCCUGCCCCACUUGCUAUUCAACACAGGAUAGAGACGAUUGCCCAGACCGCUGGGCGCAAUGCACACACUGCGGCAGAGAAGCCCAUUUAGCGUCCGUUUGUCGCGCAAAAACAACCACCUCCAGCAACCGCCAGCCCAGGCCAUAUCCAGACGGCUUGAACAACACCCCAAUGCACAUCAACCAGGUGGACAACUCCUCGACAUCAAAAUUUUUUUUUGGCGUCACUGUCAAUGACAAGCCUCUGCGGCAUCAGUCGCUGCCACCAGCACCACCAACACAGCAGCCGCAGCCGACGGACCAGCUGCCCGGCCCCUCUUUGCCGCCUCCCCACCAGCCGAUGGCCACCGAUGAAGACGAACCGAUGCCACUGGUCCCACCCAUGCCGCCAUCACAACCAGUACGCCGGUCAGCCCGCAUCGCAGGACAGGUCGCCUCACAGACACAGGUAAAGUUGGAGUACUCCGCCGACCUCCGCCGGCUUUAUAAGGCCAGCGCAGCAGCAGUACAGCCAGUUCCUCGCCGAGCUAGGACCAGCUCCGACGGACCUCACCGACGCUCUUAA